AUGUGGGGUCCCAAGCUCUGCCUUUUGCUGCUUUUGGGCACGCACGCACUCGCCCAGCAAGAUGUUGGAAGUGUUGAGGACCAGUCCCCUGUUUGCUUCUUGGCCAAAAGAUACAAAAACUUCAGACGAUAUGUGUACGACUACGAAGCCGAGGCCUUCAACGGUGUGACUGGAGCCUCCGACAGCAAGAGCGGCCCCAAAGUCUCCUGCCAAGUUGAGAUCGAAGUGCCCCAGGCCUGCAGCUUCGUCAUCCGAACCACCAGGUGUUCUCUGAACGAGAUCUUCGACAGGGACGACAAUGGCAACCCGGUGUACCGUCUGGCUGCCGAAGCCCAGGCUUUCUCCGCUGCCAUGGAGAAGAACACUCUGAAGGUCACAGUUGAAGGACAGACUGAGGUCAAGCUGUAUCCCGGGGAGGACGAGCCCAUCAACAUCCUGAACAUCAAGAGGGGAAUCGUCUCUGCUCUCAUCGUGCCUGUAAUGGAGGAGGAGAAAAACAAAGAGAUGCCCACUGUGCAUGGAGUGUGCGCCACCGACUUCACGGUCAACUCCAGAGAGGACAUUGCCACCGAAGUGACCGUCGACAGAGAUCUGUCCAGAUGCGAUUGGUUCUUUGCCCGCAGGCAGGACACCAGCCCCCUGGCCCUGAUCUCCGGCAUGAACUACCCUCUGUCCAAGAUGAUCAGCAGCACUCAGACCUGCAACUACCAGUUUGACAACCAGAAGAAGCACAUGACCAGUGGAACCUGCACAGAGAAACACAUCUUCCUGCCCCUCUCCUACAAGAAUGAGUACGGCAUUUCUGCUGUGGUGAGGCAGACUCUGAAUCUGAGGGAGACCGCCAAGAUCAACGACAGGAUCUUCGAUCGCAAUGAGGACAAUGUGAAGGGCCUGCCUCUGGAAGUUGCUGAGGACAAGUCCGCCGUGCAGACCAAGGAUGCUGUGAUCACCACAAUGCAGACGCUCAGCUCACUGUCUCAGACCAACGACCGCGAACAGCGUGCCGGCCACUUCCACAAGCUGGUGUCCGAGCUCCGUGCUCUGGAGGCCGACGUGCUGACCUCUUCCACCGAGGAGAUGAUGGACAUUUCCAACCCUCUGACGUACCAAGCCCUGGCUCAGUGCGGUACCCCAGCCUGCACCAGCGCCAUGCUGAAGAUUCUCAGCACCUUUGACGCGGCCGCCCUCGAGGUCGACGCUGUCGUCUACGCCCUGGCGCUGCUGCCCAACCCCUCCCGCCUGAUGGUCAAAGACAUGCUGGCAAUGGCUCAGAACAGACAGAGCAAACCCCUCAUGUAUGCCUUAAGCAACGCCGCUAGGAAACUGUACAAGGCCGAGGGACUCACCCCAGAGAUCACCGCUGUCUCUGAAUUCAUGACUUCCCUUCUGGGCGCAGACUGUGCUGGUGAAAAGGAGCUGACCUUCCUGACCCUCAGGGUUGUUGGUAACAUGGGCGAUGCAAUGGAGGCUGCUGAUCCGGCUAUCAAGACCACCCUGCUGAAGUGCAUGAGGCAGCCUGCAACCACUCUGUCUGUGCAGCUGGCGGCCAUCCAGGCUUUCAGGCGCAUGUCUGUGACAGACGAGGUUCGCUCCAACCUGCAGAGAGUCAGUCAGUACCCUAAAGGUGCUGUGCAGAAGCGCCUGGCAGCUUACCUCAUGCUGAUGAGGACUCCCCAGGACAGUGACAUUGAGAUGGUGAAGAAGCUGCUGACGCAGGAGCAGAACAUGCAGAUCAAGUCCUUUGUGACCUCUCACAUCUACAACAUCAUUUCAUCCAAGGCUUCAGCAACCAAGGAGAUCUCCAGGAAAAUCCUGGAUGCCCUGCAGGACACUGAUAUUGUUCCACCCAGUGACUUCACCACAUCUCGCAACUACAAGCUGGGCAUGUCAAAGGAAAACAUGCAGGCCAACAUUCAGGGAAACAUCAUUUUUGACCCCAGCAGCCAGCUGCCAAGGGAGGUGCUGCUGGAAACCACCAUGGAAGCAUUUGGUUUCAGCAUGGACAUUUGGGAGUUUGGUAUGGAAGGAAAGGGCCUGGACCCGACCAUUGAGGCUCUCUUCGGAAAGAAUGGAUUCUUCCCUGACACCAUGUCCAAGGCUCUGUACUGGGCUGAAGACAAGAUGCAACCAAAGAUCAGAGAGGUUCUGGAGAAGUGGACCGCUCCCCUGAAAUCAGAAGGACAGAAGGUUCCCGAAAAUAUUUUCAGAGAAAUCGCUCGCAACAUCAACAAGCUGGUGAGAGAGCUGCAGAACCAAGACUCCCCAGAGGCCAUGGCCUACCUGAGGCUGAUGGGAGUUGAGCUGGGCUACAUCAAGAGCAGCGACCUGAAGUCCAUUGCUGAGAGUGCAUUCAUGUAUGCAGAAAUUUUCAUGAAGCUGAUUCCUAAGGAGGCUAUUGCCAACCUGAUCUCAAAAACCGACAAUGAGCUGUUUGCUCAUUACAUCUUCAUGGACAACAAGUUCAUCUUGCCAACAGCAUCCGGCAUGCCUCUUAAAUUUGCUCUGGCUGGAACCUUCACCCCCGGUGCAAAGGGAGGACUUCGCUUUUCUAGAAGCAUGAAUGAGCUGGUGUUCAUGCCCUCUGUGGGAGUUGAAUUCAGGACUCAGAUGGGAAUCUACAUCCCCGAAUUCGUCGUCUCCGGCGUUGACAUGCAAACCAGCCUGUACCACGAGAGUGCUCUCAACGCCAAGCUCACCACGGAUAGGAAUCAGAUCAGGCUCUCCAUCCCUGCUCCACAGGGCACCACCAAGUUCCUCAGAAUCAGCAACAAGGUGAUGAUUGUUGCCUCUGGAUAUGCCAUGCUGAUCCCACACUCACUGGGUGAAGCCAGCUGCGGGUCCCUCUUUGCUGGAGUCAGAUACUGCACCAAAAAACAUAGUGCUGACACCACAGACAAGACUGAUAUUCCAUACUUCCCUCUGAAUGGAGAGACCUCAUAUGCUUUUGACAUCAAGCCUUCCAGGGGAGUCUCUGAGUACACUGCUACUAUUGCCUAUGAACUCCUGACUGAAGGAGAGGACCAAGACCAGAUGGUUGAUUCUUUGAGGAUGACCCUUAAAGCUGAAGGGGAUAUGCCCACUGAGGCAACAGCCACCAUGAAAUUCAACAGGGACAGAAAAAUGCUGACCACUGAAGUCCAGAUCCCUGAUUUCGACGUUGAAGCAGGCAUUCAGGUUGGCCUCUCUGACAGCGAUACCGACGGAAAAUCCCUCAUCCUGCAGCUCACCAACAAGAAUGUGCCCCAGGUGUCUUUGAUCGGCCGUGCCAAGCUCAAUCAGGCAUCAGCUGAUAGCAUGGUGGAGGUUCAGCUGCUGGUCCCCUCUCUGAGAACCGACGCCACCGUCACUGCCACUUUGACAAGAGUGGAGGGACUGAAACUGGAGAUCAAAAGUGACAUGAAGCUCUCAGAGGUUUCCUCGGUUCAGGCAGUCGUCUUCAAAUAUGGUGAUAACCAGGCUGAAGUCCAGCUGAUUUCCAACACGAAUGCUGAUACCAAGAUCCCACUGCAAUACGCCAGCGCCCUCCGAGAAUGGACUCCGCUGUUCAUGGAGGAUGUUAUGAACCAGAGGAUUCCCAAAACCAACAAGAAAAUCGGUCACAUUGUCUCAUACGGAUUGGGGCAUGCAAACAAAAUCUGGAUGGAGAACUUCUCCACUCAAUUCCCCUAUGUUGAGGAAGUGUAUAACAAUGUGAUGAAUGAAGUUGCAAACAUAGAGCUGCCAUCCGUGCCUGACAAUCUGUUCAUGAACUUCGACAGCACAUUCAGAUACAAGUUCAAUGAGAACCGUCUUGCAGUCACUGUCCCUCUGCCCCUUGGAGGCAAAUCGUCUGAAGAGCUGAGAGUUCCUGCAGUGGUGACUUUGCCAUACAUCAACAUGCCUCAGCUUGGAGUAGAGAUUGCUGCACAGGAGAUUCAGGUCCCAACAUUCACCAUUCCCUCUGAGUAUGAUCUCACUCUGCCUUUGAUGGGAAUGGUUGAAAUGUCUGCCAAGGUCAACAGUAACUUCUAUAACUUGGAGGCAACAGCAUCCGCCGGUAACGCGACUGAAGAUUCUCCCAACUACCAGGCCAAGUUCAACAUCUUGGGUGACAGUUCAAUUCAACUUCUGUCCUUCUCGGUUGAAGGAAGCACAUCAGUCACCGACACAGCAGAGGAGAAGAUGGAAUUCACCCUUGACAGUUCUCUGAAGCACAAGCUCCUCAACACAGGCUUUAGUGUACUGGAAACCAUCACUCUCACAGAUAAUGUGUUGUUAACAGGGAACUACAAAGUGUAUGCUGCCUCCCCCGUUGGUCUGGACACUUCUCUGACCGCUACCACCCAGUUCACCCUAGACUCAAACACGCUCUUUGGAGAUCUUAACACAGACGGAAUUGUGACUCUUGGACCUCUGACCGCUAGCACCACCUAUCUCCACACUUUUUCUGCUGAGCCAGCCAAGAAGGAAGCAAAAAUGGAGAGUAUCCUGAGAAUUAACUCUGAAAUCCUGAAGAUUGUAAACAAGAUGAAAGCAUCCUAUGAAAAUGAGGAACUUUUGUUUGAAUCUAAUGCCAAUCUGAACAGUGGCCCCAUCAGGCAUACCACCAAAAUUAAUCUUAGCUACAAAGAUGUCAAGCUUGCCGUGCAGUACGAUUCUGUCACCAAGGCUCUUGAGCGAAUGGUCCGCAGCCAGCUGGAGUUCUCCGCCUCUGAAGGACAGGCCAGUCUCAGGAUAGAAAAUCAAGCUGAUUACGCUGAGAACCGUGCUUACUCUUUGCUCACUGGGUCCCUGAGUCCCUCUGGCUUGGAAAUCAAUGCUGAUGCCUCCAUUAACCUCUUUUCAAGUCUUGCCUCUCACAAAGCAACCUUCACACUGACCGCAGAUGGCCUGACCACGAGCUGCACAACUACUGCCCAGCACAGCCCUCUCACAUUUGAGAAUGCUUUCCAUGGCGAAGUUGGAACUUCUGGUGCAACCAUGUCUCUUACAACCAAAGGAGCCAUCCAAGAAAACAAAGCUGAGCUUAAUGUUGAGGGUAAGAUUGCAAGCACAGAAGUCUCUCUGAACAGCGUCUUCAAAGGUAACCUCUUUGACAUCAACGGCAGAAACAGAAUUAACCUCAAACUGAAUGAAGAUGGCGUGACCCUUUUCAACAACUUGGUUGGGUCUUUCAAAGAGAUUAGAACCGAUAAUACCCACUCACUGUCUUUCUCACUGAGAUCUUUCAGUCUGACUUCCAAGACUGACAACUUCCUCAAUGAAGGCAACUCCUACAUGCAUGACAUCAGCAUCAACAUGGAGCGUUUCACUGCCUCAGUUUCUGUGAAGAAUGACCUGAAAGUGAUGGAAAUUAACUUUGUGAAUGAUGCCAAGUUCACGGCAGAGCCCUAUAACAUGGAACUGAGUGGAACAAUGAUGGGAGUCUUCUCAGAGGAAGAACUUAAGAACACUUAUGAAAUCAAAUUUGUCGACAUGGUUCUGUCUGCCACUUCCAAUACCAACGGUAAACUUCUGGGAGGUCGCCUGACACAUACCACCAGUGCGGAAGUUGCUGGUCUGACCAUGAAGAUCGACAAUGUGGCUAACUUCAAAUGCCAAUCUCUUCGUCUUGACAGCACUGUCAAAGCUUUGGUCGAGCCCUUCGCACUGAAUAUUGAUGCUGUGUUCAAUUCUGAUGGGGCAGUGUUUCUGUACGGACAGCAGAGUGGUGAGCUGUACAGCAAAUUCCUCCUGAAAGCAGAACCUUUACUGUUCACACAGUCCUUUGAGUGCAGAGCAUCAACCACUCAUGAGCUUGAAGACAACACAAUUAAGACCAUGAUGAACAACAAGUUCAACAGCAUACUGAGUCUCCAAGAACAGGGCUUCACGCUGAAGGUAACAUCUGAGCUGAAUGAGAACACAUUCAAUCAAGAAAUAAGUGCAUACAACAACGUUGACCGAAUGGGCAUUGAACUGGCUGGAGAGGUCUCCGCUCCCAUCUUCAGUGAAAUCAAAGAAGAUUAUGCCAUCUCUGCAUUUGUGAAAUAUGAUAAGAACAGUGACAGCCACUUCAUUCAGAUUCCAUUCGCUGAUCGCCUUCCUGAAGUCAUUGAAAGCAUGAAGACCGCUAUGAUGACCCUUAUGGAAACGCUGAAAGACUUCAACUCCAAAUUCGAAAUCAGUGACAGGUUCCAGACCAAACUGGUAGAGCUGAAGGAGGUCAUUGACAACUUUGACUUCAAUCUCUUCACUGAAGACUUGAAAAAGUUCCUCGGCACAGUUGAACGCUUCAUCGCUGACCUGACAGACAAGUUCCCAACUGACAAAGUUGUCGAAGUGUUGAAAAAGAUUAAGGAUGCUGUCAUGGCUUGGAUCAACAAGUACGACAUUGCCAACAAGUUCAAUGCUAUUUACACCAAAAUAGAAGAUGUCCUCUCUAGCUAUGAGAUUGAAAAGAUUAUCGGUUCAAUCAUGGAUGAGAUUGUUAAAAUCUUGAAACAGUAUCAGGUCAGGGAAAAAAUUCAACACAUUGUUCGGUCUGUUCAAUCAAUUGACAUUCAGCCACUAGUGAGAAAAGUUAUGGUGCCUGUCCAGGAGCUUCUGUCCUUUGACAUUGAACAGCUGAUCAGAGAUGUGCAAGACUAUUUCAUGAGAGUGUUCCAGAAAAUCGCCUCUUUUGAUUACGAUACAUUCACUGUGGAGCUGAAAGACAAAGUAGCUGAGAUGAGCCAGAUUCCCUGUUUUGGAAAACUUUACGGAGGAUUUAAAGUUACCUCUCCUCAUUACAACCUCAUCACCACUGCUGACCUGGAAAACUCAACAACCACGACAGUCACACCAGAGUUCAAAAUGAACUUCAAAUCACAGGCUGAGUCCACUCUGAAAAUCCUGGACUUCAAUGUGGAUGCCAGUGCCACUUUCACUGCACCUGAAAGGAGUCAGCUGACCUUUGCUGAGAACAUCAAGGUUGAUCACUCCAGCUUCGUACUUGAUCACAAGGGAGAAAUGACCAUCUAUGGCCUGACCAGAGCUGAAGCUUCUGCCAACAUUUUUGCGAAGGUUUCAACUGAGUUGUAUGGUGCAGAAUUGACCAGCAUUGCAAAUAUUCAAAUGGAUAACAGAAUUUCUGCCACAAUGGAGACUGGCUACAAACAUGACAUCAACAUGCCUCUAUUCAAUAUCUUCAGUGAGGCAAAAUUGAAUCAGAAAACAGUUCUCCUGCUUGAAGAUUCUGGUCUCCGGUUGACCUUAAACAAUGUGGCCUCUGAAAAGUUGGCUGUGAAGGAAUUCUCAGAUGAAGUAAAACACAACAGUGACAUAGUGGUGGUCAUUGAUAUCCAGAAAAUCAAACUGACCUUCACUGGAGAAACAGGCAGUAACAAUUUGAAAAUGAUUCAAAAUGUUGUUGCCGACAUUGGUAUUUUGAGAGAUAUUAUAUUUGAUGCCAAAUUUGAGACAGAAACACCUUUCCUGAAAGACAGUGUUGCAGAGGUGAAGUUCACUGCUGAUGUAAGAGAGCUGAAAGUUGAUUUCACUGCUUCUCACAGAGCAGAACUGACUGGUCAGUUCGAAGGAACUGUCAGCAACUCACUCCUUGCUUCGGUUACACCUGCUGAGAUUACAUUCGAUACCAAGAACAACGGAAAUGCGAAGGUUUUCCUUCCAUUCAAGCUGUCUGGAAAGAUUGAUCUCCAGAAUGACAUUGCUUUUACCCUGAACUCAGCAGUGCAGCAAGCUAGCUGGACCGGUCUGGCUCGUUUCAACCAGUACAAAUACUCCCAUUUUUUGAGUUUUGACAAUGGUGAGAGCGAAAUCAACAUUGUCUCCCAAAUCAACGGAGAAGCAAAUUUAGACAUUCUUAAAGAGCGUAUCACCCUCCCUGAAAUGAAACUGCCAUUUGUUGAUAGGAGGAUGCCAAGAAUAGAGGACUUCUCACUGUGGGAAAACACUAUCCUCAGUGACAUCCUGAAAACAACUCAACAGACCUUUGAUAUGAAUUCCAAGGUUAAGUACAUCAAAAGCCCCGAGAUCAUUGCUUUUGAUUUUGAUAUGGAACCGAUCACCAAUGCUAUCAACUCUAAUGUCAUGACACUGCACAAAAGAUUCCACAUCAACAAGGACAAGGUGGCCGACCUCCUUAUUACAUCUUUUGGCAAAGCAAAGGCAGAGUAUGAAAAAUACAGCGCUGACUUCCCCGAAACUGCUACAGUCCCUGCCUUUAAAGUUCCAUUGAUUGGUAUGGAUGUCUCCUCAUUCACAAUUCCCCUGCCUCAUCCCACCAUGAUCUCAGUGCCAGCUCUGCAUAUUCCAUCUGCCCUCACCAAGCUGACUAUUCCAAAAAUCACUCUGCCCAGAAAUGUCAACAUCAGAAUCCCAGCUUUGGGUGAUUUGACCUAUGAGUUCUCCUUGAAAACAGCAGUGAUCACACUGAAAACCGAUGCCAGCAUCCUGACCCAGGACAGCAUCAACAUGAAGCUGGAUGCUUCAUCCGCCUCAGAAUUCAGACUCUUCGCUGGAACGAUUGAGGGCAACAGUAUCGUGAACAUGGAAGAUGGACUUAAAAUUACUUCUGACCUGUCUCUGAAACAUAGGUUUCUUGAGGGAAACCAUGAGAGCACAAUCGUCUUAGGCUUAAACAACCUUGAGACCUCCAUCACCAAUUCAAUGAUGUCCAGGUUCUUUGGACCCACUGCAAAAAUUCAACAGGAAUUCACCACAAACCCAGAGGAAGGUCUUGUUUUCUCCAUGUUCUCUCCAUCUGCAGGACAGAUUGCACUCCAGAUGCAAACUAAGAGCCCAGCUCAAGUGAAAGCAAGACUGUAUGGCUACUACCCGUCUGAGCCAACAACAGCCAUUGACAUCUUGGGUGUGAAGAUGUCUGUCAUGGACUCUAACAAGCUGAAUAUUCAGACCACCUGGAAUAUGGAGAUUCCAAAUGAUCUUAUGCUGACUUUGAAACAGGAGGUGCCCCAGAUCACUCAAGUAGUGUCUGAAAUUACUGAGGGAACAAUCAGAUUACCCAUCGAAAUUACCAGAAUGUUUGUUAGAAACAGUCAGCUCACGUUCAGGAGGUCUGUUAAAUACCUUUCAGAAUUAGAUCUUUCUGACAUGAUGAAUACUGUUGCAGAUAAUGCCAUUGCCAUUCUCAAAGAGUACCAAAGGAAAGUUGAGAUUGUUCUUGAUGCUGUGGUCCAAUUCCUGAGACAGACAAAGUUCCAGAUCCCUGGUUAUGAACAGAAGAUGUCUGGCCUGGAGGUCUAUCAGACAGUUAGUGGCUUUGUUGCUGAUGUGGCUGAGGAGGCUGUCCAAAAGAUUCCUGAGUAUUUCACUUCAGUCUUUGCUGGAGUCCUUGAUUAUUUCCAGAGCAUUGAAUUCACCCUUCCUGGCUCCAACUCCAUUGUCAGUGGAAGAGAAAUUGUUGAUGACUUGUCAGCAGCUUUCAGGAAAAUCCAAGAUCAAAUCAUCGUCACUGUGAGGAAUCUGGGCAGCAUCCAGCUUGAAGACAUUUUUAACAAAGUCUCAGGAUUUGUGCAGUUUGUCAUUGAACAAAGCGAGAAGCUUGUUGAAACUCUUAAAUCUGAAGAGAGGAUCUCCAACUUCUUGACCGACGUGUAUCAGGAUGCUAUGAACUCCAAAGUUCUGGGUGAUGUUGUUAAGCAGAUUGAGGAUGCCUACAGAGUAGUUCUGGAAUACAUCAAGACUGUAGAUGCUAAAGUGAGGAACAUUUUGUCUGACAUGUCCAUUGACCAGUUUAAAGCUGACAUCCAGUCCUGGAUCGACACACUGAUAAAGCGCAUUAAUGCAUUCCAGAACAAUGUCAUUAGAACCCUGAAGGAAAAAACCAAAAACGUUGAAUAUGUAAGAGUAGGCGACCGAGAAGUGGAGGUUGACAUUCCUUUGCCUAUUGUUGCUAGAUUUAUGUAAGUGGUCAUGACUGACAAAGAUGUAACCCAGUAUUGAACGAUCUCUGUUUUGCAACGAACAAGACUAAAGUGAAUCUGUUUCCAUCACAAAAAUAA